UGUCUAUAUAAACAUCUAGUCCUGCUCGACAACAGUUGUGUCCGGUUUUAUUCUUCCAGGGUGUAACAUUAGUUAAGCUCAGCAUCCCUGCAUAUCCAACAGUCAACCCCUUUCCUCGAAUAUCCUCGAAUAUUACCCAAAGCUCAAACCCAAUCACCAAUAAUGGGUUCUGUCUCUGCCGCUGGCCAAAAGGUCUGGCUUAUUACAGGCUGUUCGUCGGGCUUCGGUCAGGAAAUUGCCCUCGCAGCCUUAGCCCGUGGGGAUGUAGUCGUCGCAACCGCCAGGAAUCCCUCCAAACUGGCUGAUCUCGCUGCUAAAGGGGCUAUAACUGAGCAACUCGAUGUCACCGACAGCGACGAAAACCUUGCCCAUAUUGUGGCGAGAAUCCUCCAGAGAACGGAACGCAUCGACAUCCUAGUCAACAACGCGGGGUACAUCUUGGCUGGAGGCGUUGAGGAAUGCGGCCGGGACGAGGUCCAAUCGGUUUUCAGCACGAACGUCUUCGGCCAGCUGAACGUUAUUCGCGCCGUGCUUCCUGUGCUGCGUAAGCAGAGGAGCGGUGUUGUGGCCAAUCUUGGUAGCAUUGGAGGCUGGUACGGCAGUGCCGCUGCAGGUCUCUACUGCGCCACUAAGGCCUGCGCUUCGAUGCUCUCUGAGUCCCUUCGGGCCGAAGUCGCACACCUGGGUAUCCAGGUCACUUGCAUUGAACCUGGCUACUUCCGCACCAAUUUCCUGGACCAGGGUCAUAAGGUCCAUGCUGCCAACACCAUCGAGGAGCUUAGCGACGGUGUGAACCCGACUCUGGGAGCUUUCCAGGCCGUGAACCAUAACCAACCGGGAGAUCCAGCCAAGGGUGCCAAGCUGAUCGUCGAGGCACUCACCGGUACUGGACGGGUGGAGGGUCGGGAGCUUCCGCCGAGAUUUGUGCUCGGAAAUGACGCGUACAGGAUUGUCAAGGGGCACAUUGAAAACAACACCAAGCAUCUGGAGGCCUGGAAGGAUCUGACCACGACUACCGAUCAUGACGAUGUCCAAUCUUAGUUAGAUAGGGAGUCGAAAACAAAGGAAAUUGAUCAUACUCCAAGACUUUCUUGUACCGUGCUUGUGUUGCCCAGGGAUGUGCAAAUGUCGUCA